AUGUGUCGGGCAGACUUCAAAGGCAAGGUCGUCGUUAUCACAGGCGGCAACUCGGGACUGGGCAAAGAGACAGCGUUGAGCCUGUCUAAGCUAGGAGCUCGUCUAGUGCUCACUGCUAGAGAUAAAGGCAGGCUAGACGAGGUGAAGGCUUUGUGUGUGGAGAACGGGGGGAGGGAG